AUGUUGCUGGCGGUUCAGAACGAUGGCAGGGAGCAGCAGCCAGCGCCGCAGAUCUUCGGGGUCGGAUCCAGCACCGGGGGAUUUGCGCUCGGGUUUACGAGGGGGCCCUUAGUCGGCGCCGAAGUCGAGGAGUCAUCUUCGUUUCUUAUCCAGCCCCUGAAGCCUCUGCAGCUCCUUCAGCCGCCGCUCGAUGUUUCGUUGGAUUUUAAACCCUUGCAGGCAGUGAAGCCACCUGAAGGUCUUGAUGGCUUUCUACUGCUCUUUCGUAUAAUUUUCACUUUUAUUCUGAUUUCAGGAGUGAAAUAUUGUCUCUUUUUUGAGAUUAAAGAUAUUAAUUUCUGUGAGUGAGCGAGAAUUUUCGAUCAACCGAGUUAACAUGGAUAAUUUCUUCCAUAUUUCUUGAUUUCUUUUCACGAAUAUAUAAGCGUCAAAUUUCGUACGGAAGGGCCUCACUUUGCAUUGCAGUUGAUGAGGACAUGCAAUUGGCACUCGCGCAUCAUAACUACAAGACUGGAAACUAUCAACAGGCCUUGGAGCACUGCAAUGCAAUUUAUGAGAAGAAUCCACGUCGCAGUGAUAACCUUCUUCUCCUUGGUGCUGUAUAUUUCCAGGUAACUUAUAUUCUCCAUCGUUUACCUUUUUAACAUCCUUUCCGUUGUAUUCAUGAAUUGUCCUACAUGAAUGUUUUAUGGAUUCUUCCUCUCAAAAUUUACAUCCACAUUUUUUUUUCUGAUGAACCUCUGUUUUCCCCUAGUUGCAUGAUUUUGAGAUGUGCAUCGCAAAGAACAAGGAAGCAAUUGCAAUCGAUCCGAAAUUUGCCGAGUGCUAUGGUAAUAUGGCCAAUGCUUGGAAGGUGACUAUCUGAAAGAAUGAUUUUGACCAUUAAAGUUAAGCACCAUUUGAAUGAAAUAAAGAAAGCCACCUCUAAUUAUUACUUUGGUGCAGGAGAAAGGCAAUGUCGACCUGGCAAUCCACUAUUACUUGAUUGCUGUUAAGGUGCAUAUGUGCUGCUUUAUCUCUUGCAUUCCAUUCAAAAACUAGCACGAGAGGGGAUAGAAAUAUUCGACAUAAAAUUUAUUUUUUUAGAUUAUUGUUAAUUAUGUACAGAGAUUUCCCAUUCUUAAUCUAUCACUUGUGUCAUUUAUUUCUUUGUGUUACAGCUUAGACCCAGUUUUUGUGAUGCAUGGUCUAACUUGGGAAGUGCAUACAUGCGGAAAGGAAGGCUUAAUGAGGCGGCAGAAUGUUGUCGCCAAGCUCUUGCAUUGAACCCCCGAUUGGUGAAUAUCUUAAUAUUUUUCUCUUUUCUGGUAUGAGCAAUUUCGCUUUGGUCGACUCAUUUCCUCUCUUCUUAUUUGUCAUAGGUUGAUGCUCAUAGCAACCUUGGUAAUCUGAUGAAAGCACGGGGUUUACCACAUGAAGUAAGUUUAAGAUGUCAUUGUUUCAUCUGAUGUAAUCAUGCUUCUCCUACAUUCUCCGCUCUUCUUGAUGGGUGCGUACUAACUUAUUUUUAUUUUUUGGCUGCGAGUAUACAUGAUGUUAUGGAAUUUAUAAAUUACGUCACUAUUAAGAAAUAGACAUAAUUCUCUGCCUGAAAGUUUACAUUGAAAAUUUGAAAAUCACAUGGACCUUGGCAAACAAGUGAUGUUCUGCUCAGACUUGAGUUGAAUGAGUUGGAAGCGACAAAAUAUUUUUAACUGAAUGAAAACUCAAACAGACACACUUUGUCAGAUUUGGUUUGUUUCAAGUGAUGAUGGAGUGACUUCAAUUCUACUUGCCUAGGUAGAUAUUUUUUGAGUCAGAGGCCAUGGUGUUUUUGCCCAGUUUCCUGCUGUCUACUGGAACAUGUAGCAUGGAUAUUGUCUGCGGGUCAUUUGUGAAUACUGUCAUUACAAAAUGAGGGGAGGAAAGUCAGAGUGGGAUUGCAUGCUUCCUUCUCCCAUUGAAGUUUUUUUCCCCCAACAUUAAUGAAGCAUAUUUUUGUCAUAUAAACUUUUUUGAGUGAGACAGUCCAUUGUUUGGUUAGGAUCUUUCUUGAAAACGGCGGAAUUUGUGAAACUGGGAUUAGAGACACUAGCUUAAUCAUUGUGCUCUCAUUUUGGACAGGAAGGUACUUGCACCAUAAAUGUUCAAUUAUGCACUUUGUUUAUUAAAGGAUAUUAAAUAGCCCUAGGGCUCUAUAAACGCUGAUAUCAAGUUUAACCUCUUGCAUGCAAGGUGUACGUUUCUCUUUUUGGUCUUCAAUUCCUGGUCAUAUGGUUAUAGUAGAACAUUUGAAUGACAGAAAGAGCAAUGUUAGGAUUUUAUUUAUGUUGAAAAGUAUAGUUACCCUAUGAAUUUUGAGCGGAUAGCAGGAUGGGAGGAGUCGCAUAAGAAUCUCUUUCAUGCAUUUUUAUCUAGAAGCCUGAAAUUUUCUGCGGCCUCCAUUUCUGUCCUGUGCAGAAAAUUUUCCUAUGUUAACUGUUGCAUAAACUGACAUUAUGGUUGUAGACAUUAACAUUAUAACCUUAUAUACAUUAGCAAUUGACUUUACAGUGUAUAUUUGACUAAUUGUUGCUACAUUUGAUCAAUACAGGCAUACAACUGCUAUGUCGAAGCACUACGCAUACAACCCACUUUUGCAAUUGCUUGGUCUAAUCUUGCUGGUCUUUUCAUGGAAGCUGGAGAUCUCAGCAGAGCAGUUUUAUACUACAGGGUAAAAUGAGUUCCACCCCAUUCCGAGAUAGUCAUUAUUUCUGCAAACCUGUCAUCUCGUCCUUUCUAAUGAGUAUUGGUGGCUGGACAUUUAUUAUCAUUUUUAUUCUUUAACUAGUGUUUUUCCCUCUGCAAAAAAGUUUCACUGGAAAGUUCAUCCGGUUCAGCUUACGUUUCAUCUAUAAACUCCCAGCAGGAGCAUUUAGAAGGGUGAAAUGUUUUAAUUCAAAUAUUUCAUCUCUAUUUUGUUUUUCUCUUUUGCCAUGCUAUAAUUACAUAGAAACCUAGGCAAUUAUGUUAUGCAAUCACUGAAAUGAUGUAAAUUCUGUGGUCUCUCUCAGCUAUCCCACCAAAGAAACUGUUGGAGGAAACAUGGGAUUUUGCUUUCCUGAUUUUCUGAUGUUGUGUUUCACCUUGUUUAUGAACAUUUUGUUGCUUCCUGAUUUACUUUAUCUUGUGUCAUGCAUCAUUUUUUGGUUGCUAAAGAUAAAAAAUAUUUGAUUUGAGCUCCCAUCCUAAGGUGCAUUCCAUGUAUUAAUGGGAAUUACUUGUCAGAUCCCUGGUGUGUAAUCCUUAACCCUUGUUGUUUUUGACAAAACUCUUAGGAUUGCUAUCUAAAGUGUCGAGGAUUCUAUUGUGCAGUUAGGGAGAAAACCUGUUUAAUGAUGGUUGGUCGAUUCUGGUAUCAUCCAGAGGGUUGUAAAGUUGAGAAUUUGGUUCUGAAUUGUAUGGGCCUAUGGAUGUACCAUUCCUACAAUUAGGGAAUUCUUUUUGGAAAAACGUAAGUCACGUGUCUUGGAAAAACUGUGGUCCUCAUAUUUUUUGACAAAUUGUUUUCAAAAUUUAUGGAUUAAUGACAUCAAACAACCGUUAUCAAACUAUUCUGAGGUCGUUUUUUCCUAGCCUUCCUUGGAUGUCCAGACCUAUGUGCGUCUUGUAGAAUUUUAUAUUUGAGGAUAUUGGCUGUGGAUGAUCCUAGUUACUACAGGAGACACUCUCGACCAGAUUGUAACUGUCCUGCUGAAUUUCUCUAUUCAACAUUCUUGCUCUUGUGCUGUUAGUCCCUCUUAGUAUAUAUAGUCAUCCCGUUGGGAACUUCUCACUGAUUCAGGUAUUCAUCAAAGUUUGAUCCGCACUGUUGACCAUAUGAAAUUAAUUUUCAAAGGUUAUUAUAGUGAACCAAUAAACCAAGUUAGCUAGUUAUCUUUCAUUUUCUCUAGUUUCAGCCGCUAACUUACAGUGGGAUCACUUGUCUUCUUGUUGACGUUUUGCAUAGAGAGUAUGUACGGAUUCGUGCUAGUUGGAUCCUGGAAAAUCGAAGUUGUUAGAUGUCACAGUCAUGUUGGCCCCAUCCAACCUGGUUUUUCGAUUCUGCGUACUGAAUUUACACCAAGUUGGCGAAUCUUGGUUUCCAGAAGAGCUGUUUAUCCUCUGUGAAUAUUUUAUGAAUAAAGUGCCAUUCCUCUCUUUUAAUGAGCUAAACUGACUGUAAAAUGUGUAUUUGAUGAUUGUGUUUAAUUAGUUGUUGUCAGUGCUUUUGUUUUGAAACUCUUGCUUAUUAACCGAGUUUGGGAAUCUCCUUUUCUUCCAGGAAGCGUUGAAAUUCAAACCAAAUUUUCCUGAUGCCUACCUGAAUCUAGGCAAUGUGUAUAAGGUAAGCCUUCAUGGUCUGUGACAAUACUGUCACAUCAACUGCCAGAAGUAGUUUCUGGGGUGUGCGAUACAGAUCUUUCUUUUGCCUUUUCCAGGCAAUGGCGAUGGCUCCAGAGGCCAUCACAUGCUAUCAGCGUGCUCUCCAAGGUCGACCAGAUUAUUCAGUUGCUUAUGGUGAGUUGUUCAAUUCAGUUUUUUAUGCUGUGUUUGUUCACAUUUUAUAAGCUACCGACUUAUGAGUUGGUCCUCCAUUUCCAAUUACUUCUGAAGUGGAAAAUUAAUUUCAUGUUUUAUGAUCAUCAGAUUGUUAUUUAAUUAAACAAUAUGCAGGGAAUCUAGCUAGUAUAUACUAUGAACAAGGUCAGAUGGAUUUGGCUAUCCUUCACUACAAGCAAGCUAUAGUUUGUGAUUCGGGAUUUGUAGAGGCAUAUAACAACCUGGUUAGUUUGGUUGUCUCUUUUCUGCGUGGGUCCUAAUUAUCCUGACAUGAAUGCAAUGGAAUGAAUGAUUUUUAUUGUCUUCUAAAUAUGUAGGGGAAUGCGCUGAAGGAUUCUGGACGGGUGGAAGAGGCAAUCAAUUGCUACAGAGUAAGUCAAUAUACAUGAUUGCUUGUUUAAUUUUUAUUGCUUUAUUUAAUUUAUUAUACUCUUCUAAUGUUUUUUCUUCAAUAAUUUAUACUGGUAAAUUUGAUUCAUGAAGUCAUGCCUGGCAUUACAACCAAGCCACCCGCAAGCACUUACUAACCUCGGGAAUAUAUACAUGGAAUGGUAAGCGUUAACAUCUGAGAGGGUUUACUGUCCGCUGCAUAUUGAGAAAAGAGUUGUUCCUUCGUGACAUAAUUCUGACGUGCAGGAACAUGAUGAAUGCUGCAUAUUCAUGCUAUAAGGCUACAUUAAAUGUGACAACUGGGUUAUCUGCUCCUUUCAAUAACCUGGCAAUUAUAUAUAAACAACAGGUACCUCUCUGUCAAACUUCUUCCAUGAUAAUUUGUGCAUGUUUGGGUCGUGAUUUCCCUGUUUGAUGAAUAACUCUCUUCGUUAUUCUUUCUCCACUUUCAAUUUUAGGCUAUUCUGGUUCUUAUGAUAUCCUUGAUGCUUGAUUGAACCUUGAAACUUCCAACGUAACAGGGAAAUUACGCUGAAGCUAUAACUUGCUAUAAUGAGGUGCUCCGUAUAGAUCCCUUAGCAGCUGAUGGGCUUGUGAAUAGAGGCAACACAUUCAAGGAGAUGGGUAGAGUUAAUGAAGCCAUUCAGGAUUAUAUCCGGGCAGUGACUAUCCGGCCAACUAUGGCUGAGGCGCAUGCAAAUUUGGCUUCAGCAUAUAAGGAUAGGUACCAUAUGCGCCAUGGCAUGCCUUGGUUUUGAGUGGUUCACUUUUUUAUAAGUUUUGUAUUAUUAAGCACGUCACCUUGAACUUGGGUGCUCGCAGUGGACACGUGGAUGCUGCUAUAAAGAGUUACAAGCAGGCAUUGUCAUUGCGCCCUGAUUUUCCAGAAGCAACCUGCAAUCUUCUCCAUACAUUGCAGGUGACAGUCACAUUUCCUUUUAUCAAAAUUGUUGAACUUAUUAUGGUUUGCUUCUUGAAUGAAAAAAUAUGGAAUCCUGAUCCACACUACCAUGGGUUGGAACCUCUGUUAGUAUUCUUUUGAGACAGCUACCGAUGGUAGUAUAGAUAUUCUUUUGAGACAACUGUUAGUAUCUUGGAUAAUUGUUUUUUGUGCAGCUGUUAGUAUCUUGGAUAUUCUUUUCAUGUCAAAUAUGAGAUAAUAGAUUGUUGGAGGUAUGGAAUGUGUAGGAAUAGUAUUGGAUAAUAUACCAAUGGUUCUUGAACAAUCAAUCAUGUAUACCAUCAUACGUCAUUACUUCAGCUGUAAUACCUCUUUGAGUAGGUUGUUAUGAUAUUACUUAUUCUACAUCACAUAAAUAAUUCUGUAUAACUAAGGGUUAGCAUUAGGGCUUUUUUUAUUUAUCCUUGACAUUCUGUUCUAUAGGAUGUGUUGGUAAUUGAUCUUGAUCGAGGUUUGUUCAACCUGGAGAAUGAAGGAGUUGAUCUUCAUGAUCCUCUUCUUCCAAGCAGAUGAACUCAGCAGCCACUUCUUGGAGUAGGGUUCCUGCAACCCAAUUAAUUCAUUGAUUAUCAUGAUUUCCCGUUUAAAUACAGGUCAUAUGAGUUAAUGGGUCAGGCCCAUUACAUUGGUCUAUAGGCAGAUCCAUUAAAGUUUAAUGGAUAUGUUGGAAGUUCUAGGUCAUAGGGAAAUACUGUAAUUAGUUGAGGGUGUUUUUGCCAAAAAAGAGAGAGAGAGUGUAUUGUUAUUCCCUUUAUAGUGGGGUUUAGAAUUGAAUGAAUCUUGAGGCGAUUUCUUCCAUUCUCCCCUGUCCUUCGUGACGAGGUUUUAUUUCUCUAUUUGAACAUGGUAUCUUCCAUUAAAGUCUUGUUUGACAUCUCCUACCUAAGGGAGUGCUGCUGCUGCCGCCUCCACCAUUGUUGCUGUUGCCUCUGUGUUUGGCAUUGGUCUUGUUUGGCAUCUCCUACUUGAGGGAGCGCCACUGCUGCUGCUUCUGUUCAGCGUCGGCUUUGUCCGGCUGGGGUUUCAUCGUGAAUCAAUUCUUACGUCAUUUGAGGCGUGCUAUCUUUCUUCAUUUAUAGGUGUGAUAUCCUAUCAUUUCGAGCAGGUUUUCUUUCCUCCAUUUAGAGCGGUUCUACUUCGGUCAGUCCUCUUGUCUAGGGACGACGAGCUUUUCUUCUUGUUGGAGUCACAAGUUACCACCAGUGUCGAUGUCAUCUCUCCCACCACUCCAGUGUCGCCUCCUCUUCCGGUGAGGUCUUCUACCAGCGACGCUGUUCUACGACGAGAGAGCACUGAUCUUGCUCUUUCUCGUGUCUUCGAGAGUGAUCUCCAUCUGUUAUUUGACAGUACAUCUGAGUUCAUCAGCAGCAGGUUCGUCAAUGACAUCUUCAGGUUCAUUGGUGUCAUUUCUGUCUGCUUUAAGCCUUCUGUCUAGAGGUUGAAAUAUCUAGGUUCAUUACCAUUGUUUUUAUCUUCAUCAGUGUUCUUGAGAGAGGUAAAAUCAGCCUCUCUUAUCCACGCUUUGUCUCAGUCUAGUGUCGUACUCCGUCCUCCUCAGUUUUCCCUAGUUUGGUGACCAAAGUUCUUCACAGUUCACAUUGCUACAGUUCAUGUUGUUUGGUGUUGUCUUCUCACCUUUGCCUUCGUCGAAAUGCCCUUCACCUUCCAGUUUCUAUGUGAGUUCAUUACUAGAUCAGUUGGGGGGGGGGGGGGGGUUGCUGGCUUGCACCUCUCAUGAGAGCUGAGCCGCAUCAUCACAUCAAUUGUCAUUGUUGGAGCCUUUGGGUCAGAUCUUGGCACUAUGUAGAUCUUUGAGUUGAGGGAUACCCUCUGCGUGCUUGGUGCCACCUUGUCAACUACCUCAUGACUCCGAGGCAGGCUCUGCAGCACUGGGACAUAACGACCAUCAUGAUCAAGUCACAGGCGUUUGGUGUUAUCAUAUACAUGGUGAGCUGUCCUUAGGGUAUGACAAGCAUCAGAGGAGCCAAAGGUGUCGGCGAAUCCACAACCUCAGCGGUGGUCAUCUUCGACUACCAUUAAAGGAAGAGUUGCUACCACAAUGGAUUUUCGUCAUCACCAACUUAGUCAAAAUGACCUUUUUCAAUGUUCAUCUUGAGGGGGAAAGUUGGAAGUUCUAGGUCAUAAGCAAAUAUUGUAAUUAGCUGAGGGGGUUUUUGCAAAAACAAUUGUAUUGUUACUCCCUAUAUAAUGGGGUUUAGAGUUGAAAGAAUCUUGAAGUGGUUUCUGCCAUUCUCCCCUCUGUCCUUUGUGACGAGUUUUAUUUCUCCAUUUCAACAGGAUCUACUUAACAAGAGGAAUAAUGGGAAAGAACAAAAUACAAUGAAAAGAAAAACAAAUAUGGAUGUUCAACAACCCCUCUCAAGUUGGGUAUGCAUGUUUCCAUGCCCAACUUGGACACCAUCUUUUGAAAUAUUGAUCUUGUGAGUCUCUUUGUGAAUAUGUUGGCAACCUCGAAUCCAUAUAAACCUUCACAUAUCCCUUGGGCCAAUACCCCAAACUUUGCUUCGGCACUAGAUUGUGUGACUACUUGUUACUUCUUGCUCCUCUUGGUCACAAGAUUUCCACCCACAAAUGUAUGAUAACCAGAUGUCGAUUUGUGAUCUAUGACAGACCUUUGCAUAAUCUGCAUGUGUAGAUUUCAAUAGAUGUAUUUACUCCUUUUGUGAAUAGAAUGUCUUGCCAUGUUGUUGUCUUUAAAUAUGCCGUAUGUAGGUGUAUCUCCCUUGGGUCAUUCAUAUGUUGACUGGAUACACACUACAAAUGCUAUAUUUAGAUGCGUAUGAUUUAGAUAUGUCAACUUUCCAAUCAACUGUUGAUAUGGGCCUUUGUCCACUUGACCAGAGUUUUUACCUUCUCCAAUACUCAAGUUGGGAUCAGCAGGUUUACACUCUAAUUUCCCAAUCUCUUGAGUUAAAUUUAAAAUAUAUUUGUGUAGUGAAAGAAAUAUCCUUUCCUUUGAGUAUGCAACCUCAAUUCCCAAGAAAUAUUUUAGUCUCUCUAGAGAUUUCAUAUCAAAUUCCCUAGAUAGGUUUUGGCCAAGGCAUUUAAUCUCGAUAAUAUCAUCUCCUAUUAUGAUAAUAUCAUCUGCAUACACAGUUUUGGCUGUAACCUUGUUUCGGGCACCGGGCUUAAUAAAGAGAUUGUGAUCCCCAUUACUUUGUACAUAUCCCAAUUCCUUUAUAGCUUGAGUGAAUCUCUCAGACCAGGCUUGGGCUGAUUGUUUUAAACCAUACAUAGAUUUCUUCAACCUGUAAACAACAUUAUUUUGACGAGUAAAUGUGUAACUUGGAUGUACAUCCAUGUAAACCUCCUCUAAAUCUACGUGAAGUAAUGCAUUUUUAAAUCGAAUUGAUGCAUUUCUCAUCCUCUAAAUCUGUGUAACGAAAGCAAAUGUCUCAAAAUAAUUGAUUCCAUAAGAAUAUGAAUAGCCUUUAGCCACCAACCUUGCCUUGUAUCUUUCCAAUGUUCUAUUAGCUUUAUACUUGAGAGUAUACACCCACUUACAUCCCAUGUAUAGUUCCUCUCUAGUGCCUCAAUUUUCUUAUUCAUAGCAUGAUUCCAUUCUUUGUGUGAUAGAGCUUCUUCUACUAUCUUGGGGAUAAUAAUUGUCUUUAGGUUUAUGAGAAAAAGCUUUGUACGAUGGUGUUAGCCUAUCAUAGGAUAUGUAGUUGGCCAUAGGAUAGAGUGAUUUCCUUGUACAACUUUUCUUCCCUUUGCAUAGAGCAAUGGGCCAAUCCAGUUGUCCCUCAUCAUUUGUUUUAGUGAAUUGGUGGUCCUCUUCUUGGUUGGUAUCAUCAAUUUGAGAUGCCUCUUGUACUUGGGUUAAUUUCCUCUGUUGGUUCUCUCUGCAGUGCAGGUAAAUCAUUCAUUUCUGUUGGUAUAUAUUGUGACUCCACUUUGGGUUAUCUCUUUAUACUUGUACUUCUAUGAUUCUAGGAAUUGGUGUCUCCUGAACUAGGAAUUCGUUGUUAUCCUGUAACUCAGCAUCGGUGAUCUAGUUCUCUGUCUCUUGUUGAUCCCUCAACCCAUAAAAUGAUUCCAGCUUGUUAAAGGUCACACUAGCUGAGAUGAAGAAUUUCUUGGAACCUUGGAGUCAGUUAUCGAUCGGGGUUACCCAUCUCCUUCUUUAACACGACCAAUCUUCAGCCCCGAUACCUUGUCACACAAUGAAACAUCCAUUGUCCUCAAGAAUAAAACAACAAUUAAUAUCUUUAACAAGUUUCUAUGGUGAAAUUAGAUGAGCCUUCAAAUUAGACACGUAAAACAUUUCUUAAAUUGCCUUAAUGAUCUAUUUUUCAAGCUCCCAAUAAUUACUUCAACCAGUAGAAUCUCACCGCCAAUAGUAAUAACUUUUCUUUGACCAUCACAUUUUGCAUAAUCAACAAAUUUGCACAUAUUUGAGGUCAUAUUGUCUGUGGCACUAGAGUCAAGGAAAAGUUAUUACCAUUGGUGCUGAGAUUCUACUGGUUGAAGGGAUUAUUGGGAGCUUGAAAAUAUAUCAUUUAGGUACUUUAAGAAAUGUUUUAUGUGUGCCUAAUUUGAAGGCUCAUCUAAUUUCACCGUAGAAACUUGUUAAAUGCUAAAACUGUUGAAUGCAUAUGAUCUCGAAAAAACUUUAUUCUCACAUGACCGAACCAAGGACGUCGAGCUCAACAUUUUCUUGAGCUUCUCUACUUCCUCCCUCAGUCUUUCAAAUUCAUCACCCUUGUGCUGAUUACAAGGAUUGGGAGGUUCUUUCAUCACAUAUUGGCCUUCUAUAGUUUCUAUUGGUUGAGAAGUAGCCACAUAUGCCCUCCCCUGUUGGGGUGGUCGUCCAUGUAGCUUCCAGCAAGUUUCUUUUGUAUGAUGCUUCUCCUUGAAAUAUGGGCACCAGAGGUUCUCUUUGUUCUCCCACUUCUAGUAUCUCCCUUGUGAUGCAGUAGUUGGAGCUUAAUUGCACUCCUUUUGCUCUAAUUAAUUCCCUUGAUUGGGCAAUUUUCUGGAAUGGAUUGGUCGAUCAUGCUUCUUGGAGGUGAAGGCUGUCGACUCAUUCUUUUUAGUGUUGGUGAGUAGAUUUAAUGUACUCUCUUCUUCCAUAACAAUCUGAAUGGGUUCACCCAGAUCAUGUAUUUUCUCAUGGUGGAGAAUUUGACUCUUGAGGCUUUCAUAAUCAAGAGUUUAGUCCCAUUAGGAAUGUAUAUAUUAUGUGUUUCAAUGUAUACAUGCACUCCUCAGAAUUGAAAUUCUUUAUUGGCCAAUAAUGAUCAAUCUCCCUCCAUAGCCUUUGAUUCACACUAAUAUUCUUUAACGGAUUUGCUUGCGUUAAAUGUAUUGCCUUAGCCACCAAGCCAUAAAUCUUCAAAUCAUUGAGUUUCUUUGGGCAACUUUUCUGGAUUUGCUCCCACAAUUCUUUCAGAGUGCAUGAAAAGAAAAUUCUUGUACAUCUCUGGUGUCAUUGUACUUAGUAGCCACAUAUGAAUAUUAGCCUCCUUUGAUUCCCAUCCUCCAUACUUUGGAUCUGAUUGCUUCAAUGUUUCUUCUGUAAGGUGAUCUGUUAAGUCUCUCCUAGAGAGUGUUAGAUCAACAAACUGCUCUCAUUGAUGAAGAUUUAUCCCAUUAAAACUAAGUUUCUGUGAAAUAUUUGGUGGGGUAUGAUAUCGUCCCUCCUUUUCUCCAAUUUUUAUUGGAGAGGUAAGUUCCAUAGAUGACAAAGAGACCUUCCCUGAAUGCAUUUUGAAAGUUUUUCCUUCGUACUUUCUAGGAUGCCUCAGCUCCACUACUUGCGAAAGGUUUCUUUCUUCCUUGGUGUUGUUCCAAGAAGCAAAAUUUAAGAAACAAGAAACACAAAUUAUCUGAUCCCACCAGAAUCAGCACUGCUUUAAUACCAUGCUGAUAAUUGCUCUUGAUUGAGGUUUGUUCAACUUGGAGAAUGAAGGAGUCAGUCUUCACGAUCCUCCUCUUCCAAGAUGAUGAACUCAGCAGCCACUUCUUGGAGUGGGGUUCUCGCAACCCAAUUAAUUUCGUCGAUUAUCAUGAUUUCCCACUUAAAUACGGGUUACAUGAGUUAAUGGGCGAGGCCCAUUACAUUAGUCUAUAAGUGGAUCCAUUAAUAAUCUAAUGGAUCCACUUUACAAGAGGAAUAAUGGGAGAGAACAAAAUACAAUGAAAAGAAAAACAAAUAGAAAAGGAAAUCAUAGGAAGUUCAAUAAUAUCCUCCUCCGUGCUAUAACUUCCUUCCAGUUUUAUUUAGGCAGUUAUUCUCGUAAGUAAUUACUCUCUUAUUGGACUUUGGGCCUUCUUCCUUCUAAAAUAUGUGCGUGGAGGCUUAUCACUUAUCUGACCUCAAAACCUUGUAAUUUUCCAUUACCACUUCGGUACUUCUAUGCUAAUCAGAAGGAAGUUUUUGAACACGUCUGCAACUGGGGUGCUGAGAUAUUCCUGUGAAUAGAUAUCUACGAUUGCUCUCUUUGAGCUCAGUCUCUACUUGCUAUCUCUGCAUUUGCUUAGCAUCCCACUCCGUUAUUUGUUCAGUGCGUCUGCAACUGGGAGAACAGAGAUGCGAUGUUCAUGGAAGUAGAGGGGAUUAUUAGGCGGCAGAUCAAGGUCUCCUCCAUCUCCUCCUCAUAAUUUUUCCUUUCUUUCACUUCUUUCUGCUCACAUCCUUCUUUCCAUCACCUUUUCUCUUUUUCUUUUUCUGGGCUGUUCCUGAAAUUCAACUCAGUUGUCAACCCUCCCAAGUGUGCAACCUUUCCACGCCAUAGCCUACCCUCUCGAUCCAGUUCUUGCUCUGGAAAUCAGGUUAGCUCUUCCCUCGGCCUCGAUCUUCGGUCCCUAUACUUAUGAAAAUAGGAGUCGUAAGUGUGUUCCUUUCUUGCAGCCGAAAAUACGCCGCCCAUUGCUCCUUGAUCGCUUCCCGUUAUGGCCUUCCCCCGUUUACCCACCCGCCUCGGGUGCCCGUGAAGAGUGAGGGCGGAAGCGGACGCCUCAGAGUGGGGUAGAUCUCUCUCUCUCUCUCUCUCUCUCUCUCUAUCUAUCUCUCUGUCUUUCUCUCUCUAUAUAUUCAUUUGCCCCUAUGUGGGAAAACGAUGGUUAUGCAGGUAUGUUAGCAGUGACUUUGGGAAUCACCCUCUCUCUCAUCUCAUGGGCUCGGUCUUUGGCAUGCACAACAGAGAGAAUGUUGAGGUUCUGUUGAAUAUAAUUCUCCCCCUUCCCCAUCUGUAGAUCGAUCGGGUGCACUUUCUCUCACUAGAAAAGUAUGUGCAGGUGUUCUGCUACGCCUUGAGCCAGAAUGACGGCACCGAGUGGAGGCAGAGAAUCCAGUCUGAGGCUGAGCACUUUGUCGAUGUCUCUUCGAUGACGUCUGAUUCGAUCGCAAAGAUGAUCAAUGAGGACAAGAUACAGAUCCUGAUUAAUCUCAAUGGCUAUACCAAGGUAAUAUCUGAGUUGAUUCUAACCCUCGUCUCGUGUUUUACCGAAUUAAAAGUCAACUCAUUUGGUCGGGAUCUCUAUUCCAGUUUUGGGGAGUGUGAUUCCUUGACGACGGAGCAUGCGUGAAUUGAGGGUUUUAUUAUGAUCAUCAAGUAGGAUUUGCGUUGACCAUGUCCGUGGUUUAGGGUCUUUUGGAUGAGGGGAUCCUGGGUUUUUUAUUCGUUGACUUUUAAACGUCAACUUUUAGUCUUUCGAACAUGAAGGCUAAAUAUUCCUCUGUACUCGAUCUUGUAGGGCGCGAGGAAUGAAAUAUUUGCCAUGGAGCCGGCACCGAUCCAGGUUUCUUACAUGGGUUUUCCUGGGACAACUGGGGCGCCAUACAUUGACUACCUGGUGACUGACGAGGUUCGGUUCUGUUGUUCUAGUCAUCCCUGGAUAAAAGUCAACGCUCAUCUUGAAACCAAAUCCUGCAUGCAUUGUACUGAAGAUCCGUCCUCGUUUCUUUCUUUCUUUGUUUAAUGGGCUUGCAGUUCGUUUCUCCUCUGCGCUUCGCCCAUAUAUACUCGGAGAAGCUCGUUCAUCUCCCGCACUGCUAUUUCGUCAACGAUUACAAGCAGGUAAAUUGUAGCACUGUGCUAGGGUUCUUGAGCUCUGUGAAAUCCCCGUUCCUCCUCUGCAAAGCCGUCACACCCACCCCGCCCUCUGGAUCGUGCUGCUGUUGCUCCAGAAAAGUUGCGAUGUUCUGGAUCCCGUCUGUCGCCACAAGCGAUCUGACUACGGCUUGCCAGAGGACAAGUUCAUCUUCGCCUGCUUCAACCAGCUCUACAAGAUGGAUCCGGAGAUCUUCAACACCUGGUAUUUUUCUUCUUCUUCUCCUGAUCUGAGAUGGAUCGUCGUCUUCGAUCUGUGUGGGACUGAUUCUCGUCACGAUCUGUGCUCUUCCUCCAGGUGCAACAUCCUCAAGCGAGUUCCGAACAGUGCUCUCUGGCUGCUUAGGUUUCCGGCGGCGGGGGAGAUGAGGCUCCGUGCCUGUGAGUACAUCUUCUUCUCCCCUCUUCAUCUAGGGUUUCACCUCCUGAUUUUCGGCCUGCCUCUUCCCUCGCAGACGCCGCGGCGCAGGGCGUCCGUCCGGAUCAGAUCAUCUUCACCGACGUUGCCAUGAAGAACGAGCACAUCCGGCGCUCCGCCCUUGCCGACCUCUGCCUCGACACGUGAUCUCCUUCAUCAUCAUCUUCAUCGUCAUCAUGUUCAUGAUCAUGAUCAUUCAUCUUCAUCUUCGUCUUCAUCUUCUUCUGGUCUGAUGAUUUUUGUUUCUCUUGCGCAGGCCGCUGUGCAAUGGGCAUACGACUGGGACGGACGUGCUGUGGGCGGGGCUGCCGAUGGUGACGCUGCCGCUGGAGAAGAUGGCGACGCGGGUGGCUGGCUCGCUCUGCCUGUCCACCGGCGUCGGCGAGGAGAUGAUUGUGAACAGGUAGAAGAACCCUAAAAACCUCAUCCUCUGAAUACUAUCCCGUCUCAUUGUCGAUAGGGUUUUUCAUUUCUCUUGUUUCCUCUGUGAGAAGCAUGAAAGAGUACGAGGAGAGAGCGGUGGCGUUGGCGGAGAACCGCCACCGGCUUCAGUCCCUGAGGAGCCGGCUGAAGGCGGUGCGGAUGAGCUGCCCCUUAUUCGACACCGCCCGAUGGGUAUGUAAGGGAGCGCUCUGUUUCUCUCUCUCUCUCUCUCUCUCUCUCUCUCUUUCUCUGUGUUUCCGGCGACCGUUGCGGCGAGGGGAAUGGCGGCGCCGGCGGCGGCUUAUUGGAGCUAGGUUGGUGCAGGUGAGGAAUCUGGAGAGGGCGCUGUUCAAGAUGUGGAGCGUGUACUGCGGGGGGGAGCAGCCACAGGCGUUCAAGGUGGCGGAGGACGACGGCGAGUUCCCCUACGACAGAUAG